UCACUUGAACUCUAUCGCUAAUUGAGGCCCCAUUGUGCACAAAGUCACGUCCUGAAGUUGUGACUUCCGGUUUAUGGGAGAAACUGCUCUUGGGUUAAAAAUGAAGAGAAAACAAAUGCAUAGCAGAAGAGACAGCGUUUGUAAGGUGUGAACUUCGGCUUUGUAUAGGCGAUAUAGACAGUAUUUAUCAACUUUGUAGAAGCAAGAAACUCGAUCUAAAGAACAUUUACCAUCAUUGAAAUGUUGUGUUUUUGAAAAAUGUGAGACUGAUACGGUAUUCUGAAAUUUACAGGAAAACUAGAGAGUAUGAUAUCUUUCUAUCUAAGUAAAGGAAAUGCACCAUAAGGAAGCAAAUGUGGAUAACAUAAAAACAGAAAAGCAAUUAACAUUUACGGCAACAAUUAUUAGCGGUGAGGAUGAAUGCAACUAUUGCAAGUAACGAAAGCGAACAAUCUCAUUUGGAUGUAGAAAAACUGUUGGAUCAGAAAAACGACGAAAAUGCCAUAUUGUUAUUACCGGUGAUAUGUUUUGUCUCUGUAUUAAUUAUCAUUGGAGGUAUCGGGAACAGCAUCGUCUUCUACGUGUAUUAUAAAAGUAAAUCGACAACAAAAAGGGUGUUCAUUUCCGUUCUGGCCAUAUUCGAUCUCCUGAACUGUGCUAUUGUGAUGCCAUUUGAAAUAUACGACCUCAGAAAUCAGUUUCUGUUUACGUCAGGGGAGUUCUGCAAAUCAAUGAGGUUCGUAGAGUUCGCCAUCGUUUUGGCCGCUGGAUUUACCCUGGUGGCUGUCGCGAUAGAUAGAUACAUGAACCUCUGUGUGAGAAGGUUUCAAAUCCUAUUCACCCCGAGUCGAGCCAAGAAAGCAUGCUGUAUCUGUGUCGGAUUAAGUGUAUUCUUUUCAUGGCCAAUUGUGAUGUUUGCAGGUCUAAAAGCCUCGCCGGUUCAGAAAGACAAUGUUACAUACAAGGGUUACGAAUGCUCUAGUUUCAGUGACGAGACUAUCGAAGCCAGGGUCUAUUUGUUCAUUCUCAAUAUUGUGUUCAUACUGUCCUUGAUAUUAAUGAUAGUUCUAUAUUCUCUAAUAGGAAUGAAACUAUAUAACCGCCGCAAAGGAUCGGUACAUGAUGGGUUAAUAUUCAUGCACAACACAUCGGAGUCUAAAAAAAUCCAGUGUAGCUUAUCAAAAGUAAACAUUGAGCGGUGUGGGUUUGCUAUCGGCAAGAGGGGAAUUCAAAUGAAAGGUUCAACGCUGAUCUUCUAUUCCGUCACAAUUGUGUUUAUUAUUGGCUUUCUGCCACAUUUGAUAACAAGAGUUUUAAAAAUAACGCAUACGGUCUUCAUCGAUGUUAACAAAGGAAACCAUAUUGAGGUGGCAUACAACUUUUUGAUAAGGUCUUAUAUGAUCAACUCAGCAGCUAACCCCUUUAUUUACAGCAUUAUCCAUAAACGAUUCAGACAGGAAAUUGUUCGAACUUACCGGAAGUGUGCGAGAUUGCUUAGAGCAGAUUGACAGAUCGGCACAUUUAUCCAGUGUUUAAAGAAUUAUGAUGAAUGAAAUAAAAAGUUUUACAAGG